GCUCCUUUCCUUUACAGUACUACACACUUGUCUGGAGGAGCAAAUGGAGCCUUUCUUUCCCAGUGACAGAAAAAUGGCAGCUGAUUUUCUUAUGCAUGAGAAGAUCUGGUUUGAUAAAUUCAAGUAUGACGAUGCUGAGAAGAGAUACUAUGAACAGAUGAAUGGGCCAGUUGCCAGUCCUUCAUGCCAACAGGAGAACGGAGCCAGCACGAUCCUACGCGACAUUGCCAGAGCCAGGGAGAAUAUCCAGAAAUCGCUGGCCGGACGCAAGACCAUUCUGGAUAGCCCCCAAGAAGCCCCACCUGCCCAAUCCAAGAGAAAGUCAGGUCGCCUGACUAGUGCAAGCACGACCUCUUCUGCUGGGCCUGGUGGUGACCAAAAUGAGCUCGUCACCAGAAUAGCUAACCUGGAGGUGGAGAACCAAAAUCUCCACAGUGUUGUUGCAGAUCUUCAGCUGGCCAUCUCCAAGCUGGAAACUCGCCUGAACACACUAGAAAAAUCCUCCACCUCUCACCAUCCCUCAGCAACGCCGCCAACCCAGCAUGUCACCCCAAUGAAGAAGGUGGAAUCACCUGCUGCUCCCCCAAAGAAAGUGGAACUCCCUUCUGCUCCACCUGCAAAGAAAGUAGGACCAUCUGAGGCUGACGACGAAGAUGAGGAUGACGACAUUGACCUAUUUGGCAGUGGGGAUGAAGAGGAAGACCAGGAGGCUGCCAAAGUUCGGGAAGAGCGACUACGCCAGUAUGCGGAGAAGAAGUCUAAAAAGCCUGGCCUCGUUGCCAAGUCUUCCAUCCUUCUGGAUGUCAAGCCUUGGGAUGAUGAAACUGACAUGGCAAAGAUGGAGGAGUGCGUCCGGUCCAUUCAGAUGGAUGGCCUGGUUUGGGGAGCCUCCAAGUUGGUUCCAGUGGGCUAUGGUAUUAAGAAGCUCCAGAUCCAGUGCGUAGUGGAGGAUGACAAGAUUGGAACAGACAUACUGGAGGAGGAGAUCACCAAGUUUGAAGACUACGUGCAGAGUGUCGACAUAGCGGCUUUCAACAAGAUCUAAGAGCUAACGUUUAUCCUUUCUGGAACUGUAACUAAUAAAAAGGUCAAGAUUUUGAGUGCA